CUUCAACACUGCUGCAACCAGAAACAAUGAGAACAACCGUCACAUCAACUACACAUGUUACACCUGUCACAAUGUCAACUGAACCAAGUACCACAGAGCCAACACCUUCAAAUUUUGCUACAACAAUGUCAACUGAACCAAGCACCUCAGAGCCAACAUCUUCAAACAUGGCUACAGGAAUGUCAACUGAACCAAGCACCACAGAGCCAACAUCUUCAAACAUUGCUACAGGAAUGUCAACUGAAUCAAGCACCACAGAGCCAACAUCUUCAAACAUUGCUACAGGAAUGUCAACUGAACCAAGCACCACAGAGCCAACAUCUUCAAACAUUGCUACAGGAAUGUCAACUGAACCAAGCACCACAGAGCCAACUUCUGCAAACCUUGCUACAACAAUGUCAACUGAACCAAGCACCACAGAGCCAACAUCUUCAAACAUGGCUACAGGAAUGUCAACUGAACCAAGCACCUCAGAGCCAACAUCUUCAAACAUUGCUACAGGAAUGUCAACUGAACCAAGCACCACAGAGCCAACAUCUUCAAACAUGGCUACAACAAUGUCAACUGAACCAAGUACCACAGAGCCAACACCUUCAAACAUUGCUACAACAAUGUCAACUGAACCAAGCACCACAGAGCCAACACCUUCAAACAUUGCUACAACAAUGUCAACUGAAUCAAGCACCACAGAGCCAACAUCUUCAAGGUUUGCUACUACAGUGUCAACUGAACCAACAUCUACUGGAUUUUCAACUGAACCAAGCACAACAAAGCCAAUAUCUUUGAGAGUUUCUACAACAUUAUUACAGCCCAACACAUUAACUACAACUGUGUCACCAACUAGUACAUUCAUUGAUUUAGUGUCUUUUGCAACAACAUUGCCAGAAACUUCUCCAUUACCUGCCAAACAUUCAUCAACAGAGCCUUUUUUAUUACCACUAACAUCUUUAGAACCACCAAGUACAGCAAGAGUAAAAACAAGUCAAUCAAUAGUUUCACAAACGACUGAAAGAUUGUCAACAACAUCACAAUUUUCCUCAAAACUGACAACUAACGCAGCCACUUCUAUGACAUUGACAUCUAGAUCCUACCUUUCGACAUCACCAAACACAAUAGUACGUACUACUAACCAAUCACCUAUCUCAGUGACAGCUGCAACACAUAGAGACACCAUUAGUACAUCAACAAGACAGAAGCAACCUACACAACAGCUUACAAUGUCAAACUCAGCUCCUGUUAGAAUUACAUCACCAGCUCUCCCAACAGCCUCUACCACAGUGCCUGUAACUUCAUCUCCAUUGAUUUUUCAAUCAGCAACGACUCAACAACAGUCAUCCCAUGCCAAGUCAACACCUUCUGUCACUCACUCAACUGUGACAGCCACAUCAUCUGAACGGAAAACACUGCUCACAUCCUCUCUCCCAUCAGUCCUACCAUCAAAAGUGAUGUCAUCCACUAAAGUCAGCCACCACUAUCCAAGAUUCAGCACCAUGGACAAACCCAACUACCACAAAAACAGAUACCACUGGAUUUUCUACCACAGUAACAUCAGACCCAGUCACCAGAAAGUCUACAACAUUGUCUGCAGCAGGACCAUCUUCUAA